ACCUACAGCUUCAAUCAACGAUACCCAGUAACUCCGGUACAUGACGCGUGGGUAAAUCAUACGAGAGGUGGCGUGUGCGGGGAAGACCAUUGAGAUUAUCAGAUGGUCGUCACCCCAUUGUUCGGGAGGGGACUACUGAACCCCUGACUGGCCAAAUCUAUGGCGUCACUCAACCAGAUCGUGCUCAAUGAGCACCCAGCGCAACCCAAGUUAAGUGGCAACAACCCGAUAAUACUGAGCAUUUGAUGAGUACCGGCUCCCGUUGAGCAUGACGUUUCCCUUGAAACCGACACUCGUAAAAACGGCAAAGGCUGUUACAAUGAGCGGUUCAAAGCAGCUCGCUCUCAAGGCCCUCCCUGCAAUGGGAACUACAACCAUGGCGGGGAGAUCACGGCUGAUCUGCACUUCAGCUUUUCGGUCUGGAGCUCUGACUUACCUAGCAUCACGACCAUCUUCAUGGAGAACGCCUCUCAACUCCUACCGCCACUUACCUGCAGUCCAAUGUUCACCUCUCACCACCUCAUCUCACCGCUCCAUCGAGGCGGCCAGGGAACCACACGCACCCAAAUGGCGUCCGCCCACUGAUGAGGGCCUCAAGCAGCGCCCUGUCCUCGUCGUCGGAGCGGGCAACAUCGGCCGGCGGGUCGCCCUGGUCUGGGCAUCCAACAAACGCCCGGUCACCAUCUACGACAUCUCCCCAACGGCGCUCCAGUCGGCAACCGAAUACAUCACCGACAACCUAGCCGCCUACUGCACAGCGCGCGGCACUCACCCAGGCCACGUGUGCACCACGAGCGACCUGCGCACGGCGACCACCACCUCGGGCCACCCGGCGCGCGACUCGGCGGGGGCCAUCACGGCCGAAGAGCACACCAAAGCGCCCUGGCUGGCGAUCGAGUGCCUACCCGAGUCGCUACCGCUCAAGACGUCGGUGCUGGCGCUGCUGGAGCGGUCGCUGCCGUCCGACUGCGUGCUGGCGUCCAACAGCAGCAGCCUGACGACGGCCGAGAUGGCCGCCGAGGGGCCCCUCGACCACCCGCACCGCCUGCUCAACACCCACUACUUCAUCCCGCCCCGCAACCGCAUGGUCGAGCUCAUGUCGUCGGGCGCCACCGCACCCCCGAUCUUCUCGUUCCUGGCCGGCCAGAUGCGCCGCGUCGGCUUCGCCCCCGUCGUUGUUCCGCGUGAUAUCCAGUCGCGCGGUUUUGUGUUUAACCGCAUCUGGGCUGCCUGCAAGCGUGAGACGCUCGCGGUGCUUGCUGAGGGUGUGGCUGAGCCUGCGGAUGUGGAUGCCUUGUUUAGGGACUUUUUCCAUGCUGAGAAGGGCCCGUGUGAGAGGAUGGAUGAGGUUGGCUUGGAUACGGUUGCGCGGGUGGAGCAGCAUAACUUGGAGAGGAAGCCCGAGCUGAAAAGUGAGGGGCCGUUGAAAUGGUUGAGGGAGAAUUAUGUUGAGUUGGGAAAGUUGGGAGAGAAGAGUGGUGAUGGUUUGUUCACGGGCGAGGAUCGGGAUCGGUUGAGGGAGAAGCACUAUUUGGAGAGGUAUAAAGUUGUUGAGGAGACGUCCGGGGCAUAGAUUGUCCGUCUUACGGCGGGGUUUUGGUGUUGAAGGGCGCAUGUUGUUCCAUGGAUAUGGGGGGAGCAAGGGCGUGAGAAAAUGGCGUGUGGAGGAAGGGCGUGAAGAAAGGGAAGGGAAGCCGAGGAGAACUGGGUCACUCCUUCCCCAGGCGUGCCUGCCUGUGGCGCCAAGUGACGCGAGCCAAGACGCCCUAUCUGGCUUUGUGGUGCCUGCCCGGGUGCGACUCAUAAGCAGUGUAACUUCCAUUCCCAGAUCAUCCCCUCGAUGUCAAUCAAAGGCGUACCGGAUUAAAGCGGAAGGCAGCAAGGAGUCACGAUGAUGGGGCAGAGUGUCAGACUGCCAAUGCUAAGGGCACAAGCCGUAUGAGGAAUGUGCCACCCAGCCGAAUGCAUCUUACUUACCUAGGUAGCAGCUUAAAUUCAGAACUUCUUGCCAG